AUGUGCAACACAACGGAUCAGAACGGAGGCGGAAUGGAGGUGGCGAUUGAAGUUCCAGAUACCGGGGCGGUAUUUACAUUAGGCAAGUCGUACCUUUACGAUGAUUCAACCAACGAGCAAGCAACUCCUGAAGGUGAUUCAACAACCCCGACGGGCGAUCCUCCAAAUGGGGAAUCUAUCCCUAAACCAACGGAAGUGCCGAUGCGCCAGCAGAGUUACUUUUUCGUCAAAAACGACCCGAUAGUGAAGAUUGUGUGCGGCAACAAACAGAGCGGAGUGAUAUGCGAAUCCGGACGACUGUUCAUGUGGGGUCUCAGCGCCCACGGUCAGCUCGGGUUGGGAAAAACGGAAACCAUCAACAAACCUUCCUGCGUGCGUACGAUCAAGCGUCUCAAGGAGCGUGUGCAUACCUUCUGUUUCGGCGGGAAUGGAUUCUGCAUCAUCCUAACGGAUGCCGGUAAGGUGUUCUACAGUGGAAAAUACAUUUUCCCCUUUAAUGCAAAAGUUACCUCGCUGCUGGAAGCGACCACGCUACACAAGAGUCCUUCCGACAACAGCGAAUACACACCGUUUCCGGUUGAGCUGCGUGAAUUUCAACGCUGUAUGGAUGGAUCUAACACUAACGAGCAGUUCACACAUGUGGUGGCCGGUUUCAACCACUUCAUCCUGCUCACCUCGGAGGGCAACUGUUACGGUUGGGGAUACAACAGCCACCAGCAGCUCGGUGGCGUGGAUUCGCUUAAAAUACUCUCCCAACCGGAGCGGAUCGCAUUAGACGAACCAGUCGAUCAUGUGUUUUGUGGUAACUACUGCACGCUUUUCGUUACCACCGCAAAUGAGCUCUAUCUCGUUGGAAAGUUUCAAAAGAUCGUUAUUCCUAUACUGAAGCAACUGACGGGUUGCGUUCUUCCCGCGAAGGUAAUCUCGGCAGAAAUUACCGGCUGGGACUGUGUUUAUUUGCUGCUGGAGUCCGGCCAAGUGUACCGCUCGAACCGAGUGCAAAAGGUCGAAGAUUUGCAGUUCGAGCCGAUGCACAGUCUAACGGGAUUAUUGACCGAUGAUGAGCAUAUAACCAAGAUCGCAUCCGCAAACGAUUGCGUUUCAUUCGUCACCAGCAAUGGGCGCCUUUUGACAACGUACGAUGAGGACUGUCCCUUCACGGCGUCAGAACAUUUCAAGGAGCUGACCAAAUUCAGACAAUUCCACGUCUCCGACAUCGCAAGUGGUACGGAGCACUCGCUCGUUCUGGCUUUCCCCGCCGUAGAACGUCUAGACGUAACCCACGCGUUGGAAAUGCUCCGAAACGCAACUCCCCUUCCGACCGAACUUCAAAUGGACCCCCAGAAAGCUCAGGAGUUUCUGCGAAACGAAAAGAGACGCCUUCGUCGGGAGCACGUGGAACGCGAGAUCUCCAAGGACGAAUCGAUCACGAUCGAAACAGCCGGGGGUGGCGACACCGAUGUACGGUUUAUCGAUAAUGGCGUUAGCAUAGGGAUGCCGCUGACUCCCAACGGGAAGCAACACUCCCGGCGCCAUCUGAAACCCUCGGAUGCGGGUGAUACCGAGGAGGAUCGCUUCUCGGCACAUAGAGAAAUUAUUCCACGCAAAACGCACACCCCCAACAUCAGUCAGUUGAUCGAUUACAGCGACGAUGACAACGAUAGUAUAUCCUCCCAGUCCACCUUUCACGAUGACGAUGAGGACGAAGGCGAUGGCGAGAAGCGCACCAACAAACCACCGGAAAGCUACAAAAAGCACAACAAAAAUGGGACCAACAACGAUAGCAAUAAUAACCGCAACGAGGACACCCGCAAGCUGAGCCUCGGAAGCAAACUGAACGGUAGCAUGGGCAGCACUAAGUCGAGCGACAGAAUGCGCCGGUUCUUCAAGGAGCUCAAAUCGAAAAGUAUGGACGUGUCCUGCAAGAAUCCUGGAAUUGUGUUGGACGAUGAUGUCAAGUAUUCCAAGAACGAUCAAAUAAUCCAGGCAGAGGAUAGAGCCUCCAAGGUCUGCACACUUAUGUGA